UUAAGAGAAAGUAUUUCACUGCUCGUUACACACGUAGAUGAUUCCAGUUAAUAUCGAACUUUGGAGAACGUCACUUGUCAGCGGUAUAUUGCAUUCGGAAGCAUUGUACGAGUCAACCUUACCACACCCUGUGGCCAUUUUGGACCGUAGAGAAUUGUCUACAGAACGUCAAACGCAAAGUGUUGUUCGAAAUGGAUCAGAUUACGCCAAAGGAAGUGAAAAUCUUGGAAAAUCCUGAGGACAUUCAAGAACGGAGAGAGCAAGUUCUCAGUCGAUAUGCGAAUUUCAAGGCAGAAGCUAGGAACAAGAGAGAUAAACUUGAGGACUCCCGUCGCUUUCAAUAUUUUAAGCGAGAUGCGGACGAACUCGAAGGAUGGAUUUUUGAAAAACUGCAAGCUGCUUCGGACGAAAGCUACAAAGAUCCUACCAACCUUCAGGCAAAGAUACAGAAACAUCAAGCUUUCGAAGCGGAAGUUGCAGCUCAUUCUAAUGCUAUAGUGUCAUUAGAUAAUACCGGAUCAGAGAUGAUAGCUCAACACCAUUUUGCAAGCGAUGUCAUUAGUAAAAGAUUAAUGGAUCUUCAUCAGUUAUGGGUGUUGCUGCUCUCUAGAUUGGCAGACAAGGGUCUUAAAUUACAACAAGCCCUAGUACUUGUACAAUUUAUUCGACAUUGUGACGAAGUAAUGUUUUGGAUUCAUGACAAGGAAGCAUUUGUAACAACGGACGAAUUUGGUCAUGACUUGGAACACGUUGAAGUACUCCAAAGGAAAUUUGACGAAUUCCAAAAGGAUAUGGCUAGCCAAGAAUACAGAGUAACAGAAGUAAACGAACUGGCAGAUAAACUUCUUUUGGAUGGGCAUCCUGAACGUGAUACCAUCCUACGUAGGAAGGAGGAACUCAACGAAUCCUGGCAAAGAUUGAAGCAGCUUGCUGUUUUGAGACAAGAGAAACUUUUUGGUGCGCACGAAAUUCAGAGAUUUAACCGAGAUGCCGAUGAAACAAUGGCUUGGAUCGCAGAAAAGGAUGUUGUUCUAUCUUCAGACGAUUUUGGACGUGACCUUGCAAGCGUACAAACCUUACAAAGAAAGCAUGAGGGCAUAGAACGUGAUUUGGCAGCUUUAGAGGAUAAAGUUUAUACAUUGGGAGCAGAGGCAGAUCGUCUUGCAGCCAUUCAUCAAGCAGAUCAUUCGAAACAGAUUCAAGCUAAACGCGCAGAGAUCUUGCAGUCGUGGGAGAGCUUAACGGCAAAAGCAAAAGAACGUCGUCUGAAGCUCGAUGAAUCGUACUAUUUGCAUAGAUUUUUGGCAGAUUACAGAGACUUGGUUUCUUGGAUGAACGACAUGCGCGCGAUUAUAUCGGCAGACGAACUAGCUAAAGACGUUGCUGGUGCAGAAGCUCUUGUUGAAAGACAUCAGGAGCACAAGGGAGAAAUUGAUGCUAGAGCCGACAGCUUCGAUGCGACUACUUUGGCUGGCAACAAGCUACUGGAAAAGAAACAUUAUGCUGCCGAAGAAGUAACCAGAAAAUUGAAUUCUCUCGCCGAAGAUAAGCAGUCACUUUUGAGCCUUUGGGAAAAGCGAAAGAUUUUGUACGAACAAUGCAUGGACUUGCAGCUAUUCUACCGUGAUACGGAACAAGCGGAUGCAUGGAUGGCUAAACAGGAAGCAUUUUUAGCGAACGAAGACCUGGGUGAUUCCCUUGACAGCGUAGAAGCUCUUAUUAAGAAGCACGAAGAUUUCGACAAGUCUUUGGCAGCUCAGGAGGAAAAGGUCAAGAUAUUGGACGACUUUGCCGGCAAGUUGAUAGAAGGAGAACAUUAUGCAGCUGACGAUGUAGCGCAAAGACGUCAACUUCUGUUAGAAAGACGUGCCGUUCUUCUUGAAAAAUCUGCUCAAAGAAGACGCCGUUUAGAGGACGCGUACAAACUACAGCAAUUCGAACGCGACUGCGAUGAAACAAAGGGUUGGGUAAACGAGAAACUCAAAUUUGCCACUGAUGAUAGCUAUUUGGAUCCCACUAACUUAAAUGGAAAAGUACAGAAACAUCAGAACUUUGAGCAAGAAUUAAACGCCAACAGAACUCGUAUGGAAGAGAUGGUAGCUACUGGUCAAGAAUUAAUCGAGAGUGGUCACUAUGCCAGUGAUAGAAUUCGCACUCGUACCGAUGAAAUUAUGUCUCUGUGGGAAAGUCUUACUCAUGCCAGUGAAAAGAAAGGUGCUAAGCUGCAAGAAGCCUCCCAACAACAACAAUUUAAUCGUACCGUCGAGGAUAUUGAGUUAUGGCUGUCAGAAGUAGAAGGACAACUGAUGUCUGAGGAUUAUGGCAAAGAUCUAACCAGUGUGCAAAAUCUUCAAAAGAAGCAUGCUCUUUUGGAAGCCGACGUCACAUCCCAUUCGGAUAGAAUCGACAGCAUUGCCCAAGCUGCAGAUCAGUUUGUGAAAUCAGGACAUUUUGAUGCAGACAACAUCAAGGCUAAGCAGGAACAACUACAAGCUCGAUACGCUGCACUUCAACAGCCCAUGAGCAUUCGUAAACAACGACUUCUCGACUCACUGCAGGUACAACAGUUAUUCAGAGAUAUAGAGGACGAAGAAGCUUGGAUCCGCGAAAAAGAACCAGUUGCAGCGUCCACCAACCGUGGACGCGAUCUCAUUGGUGUACAAAAUCUACAGAAGAAGCAUCAAGCUGUUUUAGCAGAAAUAAAUAAUCACGAACCACGUGUAGCUGCUGUUUGUCAAGCAGGUGCGUCAAUGUUGCAAGAAAGCCACUUCGCCGCUGAGGAAAUUAGCCAACGUUUGGCUGCAUUGGAUGAGCAUUGGGGACAACUGAAAGAGAAAGCCAGACAACGUAAGAAUGACCUGGAUGAUUCCCUUCAGGCACAUCAGUACUUUGCUGAUGCUAAUGAAGCUGAGUCCUGGAUGAAGGAGAAACGACCUAUAGUUAUGAAUGCUGACUAUGGAAAAGACGAAGAUAGUUCUGAGGCUCUUUUAAAGAAACACGAGGCAUUGGUCAGUGAUCUGGAGGCAUUUGCAAGUACCAUAGCUGCUCUUAGAGACCAGGCUGCUUCUUGUCGUCAACAGGAAACUCCUACUAUUGAUAUUACUGGCAAAGAGUGUGUGGUGGCUCUCUAUGACUAUACAGAGAAGUCACCAAGAGAAGUUUCCAUGAAAAAGGGCGACACUUUGACUCUGUUGAAUUCUAAUAACAAAGAUUGGUGGAAAGUUGAAGUAAAUGAUCGUCAAGGUUUUGUUCCAGCUGCCUAUGUAAAGAGGGUAGAACCCGAGGCAGGAUUAAGCGCUUCUCAACAGAAUCUUGCCAGAGAACAAAGUUCCAUAGCUGCCAGACAAGCUCAAAUAGAAGCUCAGUAUGAUGAUCUCUUGAGACUUGCGCACGAAAGACAAAAUAAACUCAAUGAAACAGCCAAGGCUUAUGUACUUGUCAGGGAAGCUGCAGAAUUGGCCACUUGGAUUAAGGAUAAAGAGAAUCACGCUCAAGUGCAGGACGUUGGCGAGGAUCUAGAACAGGUAGAGGUAAUGCAGAAGAAAUUCGAUGAUUUCCAGGCAGACUUGAAGGCCAACGAGGUUCGGUUAGCUGAAAUGAACGAGAUUGCUGUACAGUUAAUGAGUCUUGGGCAGACAGAAGCUGCCCUGAAGAUUCAAACGCAGAUACAGGAUCUAAACGAAAAAUGGACUAGCUUGCAAACUCUCACUGCGGAACGUGCUAAUCAACUUGGUUCUGCUCACGAGGUUCAACGAUUCCAUCGUGACGUCGAUGAGACCAAGGACUGGAUUCGAGAGAAGGAUGCUGCAUUGAACAACGACGAUCUUGGAAAAGAUUUACGCAGCGUUCAGGCUUUGCAGCGCAAACACGAGGGUCUGGAAAGAGAUUUGGCUGCCUUGGGAGAUAAAAUUAAGCAGCUAGAUGAAACGGCUAAUCGCUUGAUGCAAUCACAUCCUGAAACUGCUGAACAGACCUACGCCAAACAGAAAGAGAUCAAUGAAGAAUGGACUCAACUGACGGCAAAAGCUAAUAGUAGGAAGGAAAAGUUGCUAGAUUCUUAUGAUCUGCAACGUUUCCUUAGUGAUUAUAGAGACCUGAUGGCUUGGAUCAACUCGAUGAUGGGUUUAGUCGCAUCAGAGGAGCUGGCUUCAGAUGUGACCGGUGCGGAAGCUCUCCUAGAACGACACCAGAAUCACAGAGCAGAGAUAGACGCACGAUACGGCAUACUUCCAGAGGAACAUCGCAUGGAGAUCGACGCCAGAGCAGGUACUUUCCAGGCAUUCGAACUUUUUGGUCAGCAGCUUUUACAAUCCAGUCACUAUGCCAGUGUCGAGAUUCAAGAAAAACUCGAAUCUAUGGCUGAAGCACGCCAAGAAUUAGAGAAAGCUUGGAUCCAACGACGUAUGCAGCUAGAUCAAAACUUGGAGCUACAAUUGUUCUGCAGAGAUUGCGAGCAAGCUGAGAACUGGAUGAGCGCCCGAGAAGCUUUCUUAAGCAGUGCAGACACUGUUGAUAGUAGCGACAACGUAGAGGCUCUCAUUAAGAAACACGAGGACUUUGACAAAGCUAUCAAUGCUCACGAAGAGAAGAUUGCCACAUUGCAGACUCUGGCUGAUCAGUUAAUCGCUGCAGAACAUUAUGCUGCAAAACCAAUUGACGAUAGACGUUGCCAAGUCCUGGACCGCUGGAAGCAUUUGAAGGAUGCUCUUAUUGAGAAACGUUCCAAGUUAGGAGAGUCUCAAACUCUGCAACAAUUCUCCCGAGAUGCCGAUGAGAUGGAAAAUUGGAUUGCUGAGAAACUGCAAUUGGCUACUGAGGAGAACUACAAGGAUCCAGCUAAUAUUCAAUCAAAACAUCAGAAACACCAAGCAUUUGAGGCUGAAUUGGCAGCGAAUGCGGACAGAAUUCAAUCUGUAUUGGCUAUGGGAGGUAAUUUAAUCGAGAAACACCAAUGUGCUGGUUCUGAGGACGCUGUACAAAAGAGGCUAGCGUCAAUUGCCGAUCAAUGGGAAUAUCUUACCCAGAAGACUACGGAGAAGUCGAUGAAGCUGAAAGAAGCCAAUAAACAGCGUACAUAUAUUGCUGCUGUUAAAGAUCUAGAUUUCUGGCUUGGUGAAGUGGAAAGCUUGCUUACGUCCGAAGAUGCUGGCAAAGAUCUAGCUUCUGUACAAAAUUUAAUGAAAAAGCACCAGUUGGUUGAGGCUGACAUUCAAGCACACGAAGAAAGGAUAAAGGACAUGAAUGCGCAAGCAGAUUCGCUGAUUGAAAGUGGACAAUUUGACGCAGCUGGUAUCCAAGAGAAACGACAGAGUAUAAACGAGCGUUAUGAGAGAAUUCGUAACCUCGCUGCUCAUAGGCAGGCAAGGUUGAACGAAGCAAACACUUUGCACCAAUUCUUCAGGGACAUCGCCGAUGAAGAGUCUUGGAUCAAGGAGAAAAAGCUACUAGUUGGAUCAGACGACUAUGGUCGUGAUCUCACUGGCGUACAAAACUUGAAGAAGAAACACAAGAGACUGGAGGCAGAGUUAGGUAGUCACGAGCCUGCUAUACAAGCCGUUCAAGAAGCAGGAGAGAAAUUGAUGGACGUCUCUAAUUUGGGAGUGCCCGAAAUUGAGCAACGUUUAAAGCUACUCAACCAAGCAUGGGCUGAAUUAAAACAGCUAGCAGCCAAUAGAGGACAGAAACUGGAUGAGUCCCUAACUUAUCAACAAUUUUUAGCAAAAGUAGAAGAGGAAGAAGCUUGGAUCACAGAAAAACAGCAGUUGCUGUCGGUCGAAGAUUAUGGUGACACUAUGGCUGCUGUUCAGGGCUUACUGAAAAAACAUGACGCGUUUGAAACUGACUUUGCAGCUCACGGUGAACGUUGCAAAGACAUUUGCGAAGCAGGGGAAGCUUUGAUCAAGGCUGGAAAUCAUCGUGCGGACGCUAUAGGACAAAGAUGUGCCCAACUUCGUAACAAAUUGGAACAACUUGGUGCUCUUGCUGCUAGGAGAAAGACACGACUUAAUGAUAAUUCGGCUUAUUUGCAGUUUAUGUGGAAGGCAGAUGUUGUUGAAUCCUGGAUCGCUGACAAGGAAACUCACGUACGCUCAGAGGAAUUCGGACGAGACUUGUCUACCGUUCAGACACUGCUGACUAAACAGGAAACAUUUGAUGCUGGAUUGCAUGCCUUUGAACACGAAGGAAUUCAGAACAUCACUUCUUUGAAGGAAAUGCUAGUCGAUUCUGGUCAUGAUCAGACGCCUAGUAUUCAAAAACGUCAUGCGGAUGUUAUUGCUCGAUGGCAGAAGCUUCUGGCCGAUUCUGACGCGAGAAAGCAACGCUUGCUAAGAAUGCAAGAUCAGUUCAGACAAAUUGAAGAAUUGUAUUUGACAUUCGCUAAGAAAGCCUCUGCUUUCAACUCGUGGUUUGAGAACGCAGAAGAAGAUUUGACAGACCCUGUGCGAUGUAACAGUAUCGAAGAAAUUCGAGCUCUCAGAGAAGCACAUGCACAAUUCCAAGCGAGCUUAUCCUCGGCAGAAGCAGACUUUGAAGCUUUAGCUGCCCUUGACAGGCAAAUCAAGAGCUUCAAUGUUGGCCCCAAUCCGUACACAUGGUUCACAAUGGAAGCAUUAGAAGAUACCUGGCGUAAUUUACAGAAGAUAAUUAAAGAACGCGACGUGGAGCUUGCUAAAGAAGCUCAACGGCAAGAAGAGAAUGACAAGUUGCGCAAAGAGUUUGCUAAACAUGCUAAUGCAUUCCAUCAGUGGCUAGCGGAGACAAGAACGUCUAUGAUGGAAGGAUCAGGAUCAUUAGAACAACAAUUGGAAGCAACAAAGAGGAAGACUCAAGAGGUUCGUGCUCGUCGUCAAGAUCUAAAGAAGAUCGAAGACUUGGGAGCUAUUUUGGAAGAACAUCUAAUUUUGGACAAUCGUUACACGGAACAUAGUACCGUAGGCUUGGCACAACAAUGGGAUCAGUUAGAUCAACUGGGAAUGCGUAUGCAACACAACUUGGAACAACAAAUACAAGCACGCAACCAAUCUGGUGUUUCUGAAGACGCGCUCAAAGAAUUCUCGAUGAUGUUCAAACACUUCGACAAGGACAAGAGCGGUCGUCUAAAUCACCAGGAAUUCAAAUCAUGUUUGAGGGCCCUUGGUUACGAUUUACCAAUGGUAGAAGAAGGCCAGCCUGAUCCGGAAUUCGAAAACAUUUUAGAUAUCGUUGAUCCGAAUAGGGAUGGUUACGUAUCGUUACAAGAAUAUAUGGCGUUUAUGAUUAGCAAGGAAACCGAGAAUGUACAAAGUUCCGAAGAAAUCGAAAAUGCUUUCCGUGCUAUUACUGCGGCAGAUCGGCCAUAUGUUACGAAAGAAGAAUUAUAUGCUAAUCUUACCAAGGAGAUGGCUGAUUACUGUGUUGCUCGUAUGAAACCUUACGUCGAUCCAAAAACGGAGCGACCAAUCACAGGAGCCUUGGAUUAUAUCGAAUUUACUCGCACUCUUUUCCAAAAUUAGUUGUAGUUACAACAGUUAUUAAAUUAUAGAAUAUGUUACAAUUAAACUAUUGGAUGCUUACUUAUUUUAUUAAAUACCUUGAUACUUCAA